AUGAUAAUCAGUGGAUAACACAAUCAUCUUCUUUCUCUCUCUCUCUCUCUCUCUCAGACCUUCAAAAGAAAAAAGAAUGGCAGCCAUAUCAAUAAGAACAGCACCACCCACAUCUCUUUCAUUCUUCUCCUCAUCACUGUUCACUACUCCAAAGUUUCAGUCUUUCUCAAAACCCAAUUCUCUAAAUCCCCCAAAUAGCUCUCUUUCCCUCUCAAUCUCAUGCCAAGUUUCCACUCUCCCAAUUCUUUCUUUCACUGGCGAAAAAAUCGGAGAAACAUAUUUGGACCUGAAGACAGCACCACCAGACACUGCACGUGCAGUGGUUCACCGUGCAAUUAUCACUGACCAACAAAACAAGCGCCGUGGCACUGCUUCCACACUUACUAGAGCUGAAGUUAGAGGUGGUGGCAAGAAACCUUAUCAACAAAAGAAAACUGGUCGUGCUCGACGUGGGUCUUCUCGAACACCUCUUAGACCUGGUGGUGGUGUAAUUUUUGGUCCUAAGCCAAGAGAUUGGUCUAUCAAGAUUAAUAAAAAAGAGAAAAGAUUGGCUAUUUCUACUGCAUUGUGCAGUGCUACUGAAAGUAUGCUUUGUGUUGAAGAGUUCGGUGACAAGUUUGAGAAACCUAAGACUAAAGAUUUUAUUGAAGCUAUGAAAAGGUGGGGAUUGGACCCAAAAGAGAAAGUUAUGUUUUUGAUGAUGGAUGUUGCUGAUAGUGUUGGUUUAUCUAGUAGAAACAUUGGGACUUUGAGAAUGUUGACUCCUAGGACUUUGAAUUUGUUUGAUAUUUUGAAUUCUGACAAGUUAGUGCUUACUCCUGAUGCUGUUGAUUACUUGAAUGGAAGAUAUGGUGUGGAUGUUGAUAUUGAUAAUGAGGAUGAUGAAGAGGAGGAGGGAGAAUCUGAACAGGAUGCCGGUGAAGAAUGAUGAUGAAGAGUUUUGUAGCCACCUUGACCUAGAAUCCCCGCAAAUUCAUAGAAAUCCUGGAGAGAAUCUCUGCUGUGCCUAAAUAAGCAAACUUUUGGUAUUUGCAGGUUGCAGCAGAAUUGUAAUGCAUGGUAGUGGUUUUUGGUAAAUUUUCAUGUUUUUGUAACAAUGGUCACAUUAUUCUUGUUAAAAAUGUAUCUAGUUAGAUCAUCUGCAUUGCUAUAUUUCCCGAUUGUUGUUUCCUGGUACAACUCUUCUUCAUUUGAAAUUUAUGCAGAAUGCAUGUAUUCGAAUCA